GCUGCUGGGGAGAGUCUCUCUCUCUCGUGUUAUCGGUAAAAGAUUCUCUGAUCUGCCUCACUGUAACUCCCUAGCUGCUUCUAAGAAUAUCCUCCGUCCGUGCGGCAAUGGCGGAAGCUUCGGCCGCUCAAAAUCCGUCUCUCUCCGAGUUGGAGUCCGAAAAUUAUCUGGAAGAAGGCGGAUGCAAUAUCUGUUAGAGAAAGAAGAGACAAACGCUAAGUCUGUGGAAGUGGAAGAGGCAGUUCCUACUCCAACGGAAGAGGUUGCAGAGAAAGCCGAGGAAUCACCUCCUGCUGUAGAAAGCAACCCCGUUUCUGCUGUUGAAGAGAAAGCUGGAGAUCUUGAAGAGUGUUCUGAGGCUCCUCCUGCUGCCGAAGAAAAGAAUGAUGGUGAAGAAGCUGCUGAGGAGGAGGCCCCUGGGAUCAAGCUUGAGACAGCCCCAGCGGACUUCCGUUUCCCAACAACCAACCAAACAAGGCAUUGCUUCACUCGUUACAUUGAGUAUCACAGAUGUGUGGAGGCCAAGGGUGAAGAUGCUCAAGAAUGUGAUAAGUUUGCAAAAUAUUACCGCUCUCUGUGUCCCAGCGAAUGGAUAGAGAGAUGGAACGAGCAAAGGGAGAACGGAACUUUCCCGGGUCCUCUUUAAGUUCAGGUUCAACUGCUGAAUUCUCGGGGCGUUGCCCUCAUUUUUUUUAGAGUUGUUAUAAUAAGAUUCAUGUCUCUGUGUUUUUGGGUUUACAAGCCAAGCCAUGUUGGUGGUGUUCCCUCUCAUUAAACUUGAGAUUUCUCUCUGCCCAAAGCUCUCAAAUCUCAGAGGUUGUAUUAUUGAUUUAUAUGAUAUAUACAUGUACAUUCAUGUAUGUAGCCAGAUGCCUACCGAAAGCACAAAUUAAAAAAGAGUAGACUAUCCAAUUUUUUAUUUGCUAAA